AUGUCGCCCUCUUUCGUUUCCACCUUGUCCCUCCUUCUAUCUGCGGCUGGUGCCGCCAACGCUGCCAAGCAGUGUCCCAUCCAAUUCGAGGGCCGAGUGCCGACCAACUUCACUCCUACCGACUUCGAUACGUCAGCCAGUCCCUUCAACAACGGCUUUGUCUUCGGCAAGGGCCUCAAGGCUAGCGAUGUCGUGACUAUUCCUACUGGCCUCAACUCUCUCUUCGAUGCGAACUUCAGCAAGCCCUUCGAAGUCAACAUCGAUGACCGCUCCAUCUUUGCACCGACCGAGACCAACGUGCAAACAGGCUUCCGCCGUGCGGAGAUGCUGCCCAUGAGCAACAACGGCACAGACCCCUCCACCGCCGGAAUCAAGACAGUUCAUUGGAGUAUGAUGAAGGACCCGAAGAAGCCCCUCAACCUCACGCACGAGUACCAAAUGGUCUUCCUCGAAAGCUCCAUCUUCAGCUCGAACCAGUACGCGCUCAAGUACGGAGACCUCAUCGGCAUCCACCCCGCGGACCCUGAUGUCUUGGUUCUCUUUGGCAACUCCAACACCAAGCCCUUCCAGCCCGAGCUCUUCAGGACCAAGUUCACGGAUGGGGUCUUCCACAACUUUGCGCUGACAUUGGACUUCACCAAGAACAUGACCCAGAUAUACUACUCCCAGGGCAGCGCCCCCCUUGUUGCUCAGGGCAAGCCGGUUGAGAACGACAUUUCUGGCCAGGGACAGUUCCACUUUGGUGUCCUGAAGAAGUCGAUCAACGGCACUGGCGACACUACCAAGACUGGUUUCCACGAGUCUGGCAUCAACGAGGGUAUCAUCUUUGGAGGCAUCUUCGAGGAGGACAGCGCUGACGGCUGCGUGUCUCUUUCUCCUUAA